AUGACGGAUGAGGAUUAUUUAGUUCAAAAGUUCAAGGUUUCCGCGGAAUGUGUACCACUUUACCGAGUGGAAGGAGUGGCCAGUGGAUGGGGAAAAGAAGGUGAAAUCUCAGUGCAGGAACUACAGAAAUUUUUUUUCAUCGUUCUCGGCUUAACGGGAAUGUUUGGUAGUCAACUAUUGUCCCUCGGUAUCUACUACACGAACGCGAACAUAGCGUCCAUAUUUCAAAAUUUAAUCCCGGUGUGGACAACAUUACUUGGUUUCUUAGCACGCAUUGAGCCGUUUCCAGACUUCCGUACUUUGCGCAGCUGGGCCAAGUCCUUGGGGAUUCUUUUAGCUGCGAUUGAAGCUGUAGUAAUUACUGUGGGAAAAGAAUCUGACUAAGCAUCGCAGCACAAUGGAUCAAACUUUUCUGUACGCCGCUUUGUGAGGUACAUAAUUCUCCUGGGAAGUACUAUAACCACGGCGCUGUACAUUUUCCUUCAGAAGAAGUUUAUCUUUGACAAAGAGGACUCUUACUGAAAAACAAAACCUGUUGCAGUUACUGCGUGGAGCUAUAUGUUCGGUGCGGUGUUUUUCGCCCUCGCAUCGCUUUGUAGCAUUAAGAAGCCAGAAAAAUUUACGCAUUUUCCUAUAGAGGAGGUCUAUCCAACUACGUACGCAAUAUUCAACACCUCUGGGUUGUGUUAUAUCUUUAUUUCUUGGUGUAACUUGCAGAUAUCAGCCUCACUCGUAACGGCCACAUGGCCUCUUCAAAUGUUUUUCUGUUUCAUUUUUUCGUACUUGAUGUUAGGUGAGUUGCUGAAAGCUCUUGAAUUUAUUGGGGGUGUGACCAUCAUUUUAGGCCUAGCGGUAGUGUUCUGGUUGAGUCUUACAGAAGAAAAAACAAACAACAAAGAGAAAGAGGCCUUGAACGGUUCUUACAGCUUCGUUAAAGUGUCACAGUACGAUGCAUUUACAGCAGAGGGUCAAAUACUAAUUUAA